AUGGACUUUAUGAUAGAGAUUAAAUGGACAUAGUUUUUGGGCUUAUGUUUAGUACUAAGUACAAAUGAGGAUUUUAUCUCAGGAAGUAAUGACCCAGGUAUUAAAUUUUGGAUUAAUAAAAAUGAAUGGAUGUGUCAAUAAACAAUAACUGAACAUUCCGGUUUCAUAUUUGGAUUAAGUUUGAAUUAAUAAUAAAUAGAGUUAUAUCUUGCGGUUAUGAUAAAUUGAUAUUAAUAAUGAAGCAAUAAGAAGAGAAUAAUGAAUGGGUUGUAAUAUAAAAGAUUAAAGUUGGGGGUUUGAACAUCGAAUAUGCUUUAUUGAUGAUAAUAUUUUCACAUUAUGAUAUUGAAUAACUGACUGCGUUUGAGAUGAAUCCUAUAAAUAAAUAGUUUAACAAAACUCGAGAUAUUUCUAUAAAAUGUGGAUUAGAAGAUGAAUGUUUUUUCCUUAACAAUAUAUAAAUUCAAAGUAUAUUUUAUUGA